UUAAAACCUCACCAACUUGCAGUGCCUGGUGACAGCGGAAGAGGAAAGAAGCAGAACAACACAGAGCUCUGUCAGCACUGACUGUAUCUGAAAUCUAUGCCAUUCUAAAGUAUUAUUGGACAAAAAGACACUGGAAAAUGUCAGAUUUUGGACUAUAUACCUACCAGCAGGAAGUGGUUGAAAGGGCUCUUAAACGAGAGAACAUCAUAAUAUGGUUACCGACAGGAGGUGGAAAGACCCGCGCUGCAGUGUAUGUGGCCAAAAAACACCUGGAGACCACACCAAAUGCUAAAGUGAUGGUUCUCGUAAACAAGGUUCAUCUUGUUGACCAACACUACAACAAAGAGUUUGAGCCUCACCUGGGUCUACGCUAUGCUGUUAGGAAAGUGAGCGGAGAGAGUGAUGAAAAGGACUUUUUUGGGUUAGUGGUGCAAGAGUCAGAUGUGGUCAUCUGCACAGCACAGAUCUUGUACAAUGCUCUGAUUAACAAGGAGGAAGCAAGACAUGUCGAGCUCUCAGAUAUUACUCUGCUGAUAAUUGAUGAGUGCCACCAUACUCACAAGGAGUCUGUCUACAACAAAGUAAUGAGACUUUAUGUGGAGAAGAAGCUGAAGGGAGAAAAACCACUGCCACAGAUCUUGGGCCUCACAGCAUCUCCAGGAACAGGAGGCGCAAAGGCACUGGACAAGGCUGUGGAGCAUGUACUGGAGAUUUGUGCCAACUUGGAUUCAGCCAUAGUUUCAACUAAACAGUAUGCUCCUGAACUGAAGGAAGUGGUGCCCAGACCCAGAAAAACCUUCAACAUUGUCAACAUGAGAGAUAGAGAUCCUUUUGGUGAUCAUCUGAAGUCAAUGAUGACGAUUAUCCACGGUUACAUGGAUAUUCCUCCAGACUUCAAACUGAGAGAGUGUGGAACACAAGAAUAUGAAGCAGAUGUGGUGGUUCUGGAACAGCGAGGAGUACGAGACAACAACAGACUGCUUGCACAAUGUGCGUUACACCUCAGGCAGUACAAUGAUGCCCUCCUCAUCAAUGACACCUUGAGGAUGAUUGAUGCUUAUCGUUCCCUAGAGGAGUAUUACUCCACAAAGAGCACCAAGGCCAUUGAUGGGACAGACUUCUUCUUGUUGGGACUUUUUGAAGAGAAUCAGGUGGAGCUAAGGAACCUUGCUAUGGAUUCUCGCUUUGAGAACCCAAAGAUGGAUGAACUUCAACGCACUCUGUUACAACAGUUUGGGUCAGGUGUCCCAUCAAGAGGAAUUCUCUUCAGUAAAACUCGCAAAAGCACCCACUGCCUGAAAGACUGGGUCCUCAAAAACAGGGCAUUGAAAGAUGCUGGCAUCAAGGCAGACAUCCUCACUGGUGCUGGUAAUGGCAUCACCUACAUGACACAGAAUGAACAGGCAGAAACAAUCAGGAGUUUCCGUAUGGGUUCUCUGAACCUCCUGAUCUCCACCAGUGUGGCCGAAGAAGGUCUUGAUAUACCUGAAUGCAACCUGGUGGUGCGCUACGGACUCCUUACUAAUGAGAUCGCCCAGCAGCAGGCAAGUGGACGUGCACGAGCAAAAAACAGUCAGUAUGCAGUCGUAGCCCAAGCAGGCGGGCGUGAACAUCGCAGAGAGCGCAUCAAUGAAUAUCUGGAGGAGCUGACUGGUAAAGCCAUUGACCGUGUGCAACGUAUGAGUCACCACGAGUUUUAUUUAAAGUUAAGUGAGCUUCAACAAAAGGCAAUUAUUUCUAGUAAAAUUGAAGAAAGCUGCAAAACGGAGAAGAGGAGGAGUAAUACUGCUUCCAAUAUCCAGUUCUUGUGUCGAAACUGUUUUACCCCUGUGGCUUCUGGCAGUGACAUUCAACUUGUUGACAAUACGCAAUAUGUCAACGUCAGCCCUGACUUUAAGAAUCACUACAAAGUUGCAGAGCGGGUGAUUCUAGAAAGGAGCUUUGAGGACUGGGAGCCUGGGUGUAGAAUCAGAUGCAAAAAAUGCGACAAGGAAUGGGGAUUCGAGAUAAAAUACAAAAAGCAUGUCUUAAUGCCAAAUCUAGCCAUUAAGAACUUUGCCCUGGAAACCCCCAAAGGCAGGAUAACAGUAAAGAAAUGGAAAGAUGUACCUUUCACUGUUGAGGACUUUGACUAUGAAGAGUACUGCCAGGAAAACUUCCCUGACCUCUUUAAAGGGCACUGCGAAAUGGCAGAUUUUGGACUGCAUAACUACCAGCAGGAAGUGGUUGAAAGGGCUCUUAAAGGAGAGAACAUCAUAAUAUGGUUACCGACAGGAGGUGGAAAGACCCGCGCUGCAGUGUAUGUGGCCAAAAAACACCUGGAGACCACACCAAAUGCUAAAGUGAUGGUCCUCGUAAACAAGGUUCAUCUUGUUGACCAACACUACAACAAAGAGUUUGAGCCUCACCUGGGUGGUACCUUCAUUAUUAAGAAAGUCAGUGGAGAGAAUAAGGAAAAGGACUUUUUUGGGUUAGUGGUGAAGCAGUCACAAGUAGUCAUCUGCACAGCGCAGAUCUUGUACAACGCUCUGAUUAACAAAGAGGAAGCAAGACAUGUCGAGCUCUCAGAUAUUACUCUGCUGAUAAUUGAUGAGUGCCACCAUACUCACAAGGAGGAAGCCUACAACAAAGUAAUGAGACUCUAUGUGGAGAAAAAGUUGAAGGGAGAAAAACCACUGCCACAGAUCUUGGGCCUCACAGCAUCCCCAGGGACAGGAGGCGCAAAGGCACUGGAAAAGGCUGUGGAGCAUGUACUGGAGAUUUGUGCCAACUUGGACUCAGUCAUAGUUUCAGCUAAAGAAUAUGCAUCUGAACUGAAGGAAGUGGUGCCCAAACCCAGAAAAAGCUUCAAAAUUGUAAAAGAAAGACUUAAAGAUCCGUUUCGUGAUCAUCUGAUAUCGAUGAUGAACAGCAUCCACAGUCACAUGAACCUUCCCCCAGACUUCAGACUUAAAGAGUGCGGAACACAAGAAUAUGAGGCAGAUGUGGUGAAUCUAGAGCACCGAGGCAUACAGGAGAAAAACAGGCUGCUUGCACAAUGUGCGUUACACCUAAGGCAAUAUAAUGAUGCCCUCCUCAUCAAUGACACCUUACGGAUGAUUGAUGCUUAUCGCUCCUUAGAGGAGUAUUACUCCAAAAAGAGAACCAAUCCCAUUGAUGGGACAGACACCUUCCUGUUGGAACUUUUUGAAGAGAAUCAGGUGGAGCUAAAGAACCUUGCUAUGGAUUCUCGCUUUGAUAACCCAAAGAUGGAUGAACUUCAGAGCACUCUGUUACAACAGUUUGGGUCAGGUGUCCCAUCAAGGGCAAUCAUCUUCAGUAAAACUCGUAAAAGCACCCACUGCCUGAAAGACUGGGUCCUCAAAAACAGGGCAUUGCAGGAAGCUGGCAUCAAGGCAGACAUCUUCAUCGGCGCUGGUAAUGGCAACACCUACAUGACACAGAAUGGACAGGCAGAAACAAUCAGGAAUUUCCGUAUGGGUUCUCUGAACCUCCUGAUCUCUACCAGUGUGGCCGAAGAAGGUCUUGAUAUACCUGAAUGCAACCUGGUGGUGCGCUACGGACUCCUUACUAAUGAGAUCGCCCAGCAGCAGGCCAGUGGACGUGCACGAGCAGAAAACAGUCAGUAUGCAGUCGUAGCCCAAGCAGGCGGGCGUGAAGAUCGUCGAGAGCGCAUCAAUGAAUAUCUGGAGGAGCUGACUGGACAAGCCAUUGACCGUGUGCAAACUAUGACCCCUCAAGACUUUUGCACAAAGAUUACUCAGCUUCAAGAGAUGGUAGUCACUUGCACCAAAAUUGAACAGAGGCGCCAAGCAAAGAAGAGGAGUCGUAACACUGCUUCCAGUAUCCAGCUCUUGUGUCGAAGCUGUUUUACCCCUGUGGCUUCUGGCAGUGACAUCAAGCUAGUUGAGAACAUGUACGUCAACGUCAACCCUGACUUUAAGAAACACUAUACAUUUGGAGACCAACUGACUCUAAAAAGAAGCUUUGAGGACUGGGAGCCUGGGUGUACAAUCGGCUGUAAAAUAUGCAGCGAGAAAUGGGGAUUCGAGAUAAAGUACAAGAAGUGUGCCAUACUGCCAAAUCUAGCCAUUAAGAACUUUGUUCUGGAGAGCCCUGGUCAAGAGCGGCUCCCAGUGAAGAAGUGGAAGGAUGUACCUUUCACUGUUGAGGAGUUCAACUUUAAAGAGUACUGCCAGGAACAUUUCUUGCUCGAUUAAGACAUCAAUAAGAGAGCUCUGUGUGGGUUUUCCUAUUCUCGAGUUUCUUUUCACAGAUUUGCUCCACAGAUGUUAAGUCUUUGUUCUGCGAGCCCUGCGUGCCAAAACCUUUAAUGCACCAAUCAUGCUUGUAAUUAUUUGCAUUUGUUUUGUACAUAGAGUAUUUCCUCAUUCACAUCUCAAGUCAAGUACAGAAGCAAAGAACAUGAACCAUGAGCAUUUGACAUGUCAUUAAGAAAAGAUUCAUUUUACAUGAAUUUUUAGCUAUUUUACAAUUAGUUUAGAUGUAAUAUUACCAAUGUGUGUUUGAAUUAUGUAAGUGGGAGUACAGUGAUCAUCUGACAUUUAUAUAAAUACUUAUCCUAAUGUUAAGAAAUUGUCUACUAAGUCUAAAUCCCUUUUUGUGUGUUUAAUAUGAAUUAAUGUUACAUUAAUUAAUAUCAAAUAAAAUCAGACAUGUCUUUUGAAA